AUGUGGCUUCAAAUUCCUGUUCUUAGUGUGUCCUUCUUACUCUUGACCCUGGUUCUUACUGGGAGCUCUUGCGAGCCACAUGAGCCAGAGCUUACUGUACGGACUACCACCGGCACCUUCACCGGUCUGGUGAACUCCACUACCCCGGAUGUAAACCAAUGGCUCGGAAUCCUGUACGGCCGGCCUCCCUUAGGCAAUCGGCGCUUCAUGCCUCCGGAAAAAGCGCCUGACCACGGGGAUGCCGAUGCAAAGGCCUACAAACCCAUCUGCAUGCAGCAGAGCGGAGACAAGACGGGCGGCGGCGGCUACGCGCUGUAUCAAGUCCCCGACCAGUGGAUCCAGCGAACGCAGACGCAUCUGGUAGUUACAUUCAACUACCGCCUCAACAUCUUCGGCUUUCCUGGUUCGCCAGCUGCAAACCUGAACGUCGGGUUUCUAGAUAUUCGACUUGUUACCGAGUGGGUAAGAGACAACAUUGCAGGAUUUGGAGGCGAUCCCGACCGCGUAGUCCUCUACGGCCAGUCCGCGGGGGCUAACGCCGUCGCGUCUUACGGAUAUGCGUACCUACAAGACCCGAUUGUCAAAGGUCUCAUCGCGUCGUCCGGCUCUGUGUCGACCACCAACCCAACUGCGAACUUAGGUUUCCACGAUCUGGCACAAAUGGUCGGAUGUGCGAACCUCACCUCGGCCGCUGAGCUCGCGUGCAUGCAGAAGCCUAUAGCCGACGGCGUGACCCUUUUUGCCAACACGACAGACCGGCUUGAGAAAGGGUUGGUGGCCAAAGUGGGCAUAAUCACGGGAUACACCUUCAACGAAGGGGCGGCAUUCCUGCCCUUCGACCCUAAUGCUACAGCGCCGCCGAGCCCUGCACCCUUAGGCGGUAACAGGCUUGCGUGCGCUGACAUCCCCCUCGUCUUUAGCACGCACUAUGAGUUUCGAAGCAACUCGACUAAGCUCGAGUAG